CAGAGCCAGGAUCCCGGUACCUUCCAGACUCCUACAGCCUUUACAAAGGGUCAAACAACAAAUCUCCACUUAAUGAAAGGUGAAAUCAUCCCCUUCAACAAGAGAAUCACAGAAAUCGGAGCCAAUUUUGGUGUCAACGGAUCGUUUAUUUGCCAAACACCCGGGCUGUAUGCUUUCACAUUUUAUGGUCUCACUGAACAGAACUGGGAGCUCUGGCUUGAAAUGAUGAAAAAUGAUGAAUUGAUUGCAUCGAUUUAUGGUUAUACAUAUGCUGAUUAUGCCGAUGCAGGAAAUGCCGCCAUCUUACAUUUAAACGUUGGCGACAAAGUUUACUUAAAGGCUCAUGAUGACUAUGAUCAAACACUAUAUGGUCAAGGAGAUCAGAUUUACACAACAUUCACUGGAGAACUCCUGUAUGCAGAUAAUGUUGAACUGGACGCUGUUAACUCCUACGGUGCCAUUGGAUUCUCUGGAGUCAUGACAAUGAACGCCUCUAUCAGUGACGGAUCUGCAGUCAUUUACGACAAAGCCAUAACUAACAUGGGUAACGCCUAUGACCCUGCCACUGGGACCUUCACAGCACCUGUUGAAGGAGCGUACCUGUUCCAUUUCCACUCACUCUCUCACUCUGAUGAGGAAGCCUGGCUUGAGUUGUUCCACAACGGUCAAUACGUUGUAGCCUCUUAUGGAUACACAGUAGGAUCGUAUGCCGACGCUGGAAACUCGGUCGUCCUUCACCUCAAGAAAGGAGACACUAUCAAUGUCAAGGCCAGGCCGGGGACCGAUGUAAAGCUCUAUGGAGACUCUGAUGAAUACUAUACCACAUUCUGCGGAGCACUUUUGUCGCCAACUGUUCAUGGGAGUGGUGCAGGCCACGGCAAUCAACAGGAAAUUGCUUUCUCCGUUGGUCUUACCCAUAACGAAGACUCAACCAAUGGUCCCAGGGUAGUUUUUGACCGAGUUUUCAUCAACCUUGGUCAGAAUUUCAACAUCAAUACAGGUACCUUCACUGCCUCAGUCGGCGGUAUCUAUGCCUUCCACUACCACGCACUGGGCCAGAAAGGACAGGAAGUGUGGAUGGAGCUUUAUCAUAACUACAUCUACGUCAACUCUCUGUAUUCCCAUACCUCAGGAAGUUAUGGACCCGGAAGUAACUCGGCCGUUCUGGAAUUGGUUGCCGGGGAUACAGUGUACCUUGAUAUUAAGCAUCAUGAUACCUACCUUUACGGAGGUGGAGAUGAAGUCUACAGUACAUUUUCUGGUUAUCUCCUAUCGCCAAUUUCUAGUACUCACCCUGUUGUUGGAUAA